AUGGAGGAACCUCGCAACGACGAACAGGGACUAGGCACAGAAGAACAAGCUAAUCCCAGCCCUGUAAUGCCUCAUCGGCCCUCGAACGAUCACGCAAGCAUCGAAGCUUUUCCUGAAGCACCCCAACCCACACUUCAAACCCCAAAAAAGACUGUACUGGACACACACGAUGAUAUUCACGACGACAAUAUCGAGUAUCCCGAAGGCGGGUUCCAGGCCUGGAUGGUGGUGGUCGGCGCGUGGUGCGCCAUGAUCCCUCCGAUGGGAAUCCUCAACACCAUUUCCGUUCUUCAGGGCUGGCUGCUACAGAAUGAGCUCAAGGGUGUGCCCGAAAGCAAAGCAGGAUGGAUAUUCUCAUGCUACGCCUUCUUCAUCACGGCCUGCGGGGCACAAGUCGGACCGGUAUUCGAUGCGUUUGAUAUCAGGGUACUCCUCAUCCCAGGCUCCAUUGGCUUGGUCGCCUCAAUGAUCUUCCUCAGUCUAUCGACAGAAUUCUAUCAAAUGCUCCUCUCCUUCGGCGUCUGCGGCGGCAUCAGCGCCGCCUUCCUCUUCAACCCAGCCCUCUCCGCCAUAGGCCACUGGUUCUGCGAGCGCCGCGCCUUCGCAACCGGCGUAGCCUGCACGGCCGGCGGCCUGGGCGGCAUCGGCUUCUCCCUCAUCAUCCAGUACCUCGCGCCGCGCAUCGGCUUCCCCUGGGCGAUGCGCAUCAUCGCCUUCCUAUCGGCGGGCAGCCUGAUCGUCACAAACGUCUUUCUCCGGAAACGGCUGCCGCCCAAACGCAAGUCCAAGGCUCUGAUCGACUUCCGCCUCCUCCGCGAUGUCAAGUUCGGGGUCACGGUGGUGGCCAUCUUCUUCGUGGAGUUUGCCGUGUUCAUCCCGUAUUCGUAUAUAUCGUCAUACGCUAUUGAAAAGGGGCUGGGCUUGCAGAAAUCAUUCCUCCUCAACGUCUUGCUCAACGCCGGCGCGAUUCCCGGUCGGAUGUUGCCUGGAUACAUCGCCGACCGCGUAGGCGCCUUCAACACCAUGUGCGUCACGUCUCUCUGCUGCGGCCUCUUGAUCCUAGGACUCUGGCUCGCCGCCGGUGACGUGGACGCCAAAAUCAUGUCCUUCACCACGCUGUUCGGCUUCUGGUCCGGGGCUGCCAUCAGCCUGUCGCCCGUGUGCAUCUCUCGCGUCUGCAAGAUUGAGGACUAUGGAAAGUCGACGGGCAUGGCGUACUUCAUUGCGAGCUUCGGUGCGCUGGUUGGUAUCCCCUUGGCGGGAUUCCUGUUGAAGACCGGGACUGAGCCGUAUCGAAAUUUGAUUAUUUUCGCGGGCGCAGCGUACAUGGUUGCGUUUGUUGCUUUCUGCGGUGCUAGGGGCAUUGCGGGUGGCUGGAAACCAGCGUUGUUUUAG